AUGGCUUCUGACGACCAGGCUCCUCUGGGCUCCAUCGAGAACCCGAAAAAGUUUCUGGACCAGGACUUUGACGCUCUGCUGAAGGAGUGUCUGAAGGCCGGCAAGCUGUUUUCAGAUCCAACCUUUCCUGCUGAGCAGAAGUCCAUCGGGAUGCCUGAAGACCCAAAUCCUGGAAAGGCGAUCAAAUGGAAGCGACCCAAGGAGAUCAGUGGGGAUGCUGUGUUUGUGGAGGACACAGCUGGGACCAUGGAUAUCUGCCAGGGCCAACUGGGGGACUGUUGGCUGCUGGCGGCUCUGUCCUCUCUGGCCGUCCACCCUCAGCUCUUUGCCAAGGUGGUGCCGUCCAACCAAAGCUUGUCUGAUCCUUACGCAGGGGUCUUCCACUUCACGUUCUGGCAGUAUGGUGAGUGGGUGGAAGUGGUUGUGGAUGACAGGCUGCCAGUACGCGAAGGCCGUCUGCUCUUCAGCUACUCUCGCACCCGUAACGAGUUCUGGAGCGCCCUAGUGGAGAAGGCCUAUGCCAAGUUAACAGGAUCCUACGGGAGCCUGAAGGGAGGUAACAUCUCAGAGGGGAUGGAGGAUUUUACAGGAGGCAUCGCAUACUCUCUUCCUGUUACAGCGCACACGCCUGCAGUUCUCUGGAGGUCUCUGGGCGCUGCUUUGUCCCGAGGCAGCCUGCUCAGCUGCUUCAUCCAGGCUCACAGCUACCGCGAGGUUGGUCAAGUGACGGCAGACGGGCUGGUAAAGGGCCACGCGUAUGCCAUCACCGACACCGAUAAGGUGAAGAGGGGACUGGAUGAGGUUUUGUUGCUAAGGCUGAGGAACCCCUGGGGUUUUGUCGAAUUUUGCGGCUCCUGGAGUGACAAGUGUAAGGAGUGGGAUGACAUGGAGCAGUCAGAGAAGGAAAGAAUUGAGCUCAAACUACAGGAGGAUGGAGAGUUCUGGAUGAGCGUUGAUGACUUCAGCAGAACCUUCAACGUGGUGGAGCUCUGCAGUGUGAGUCCUGACUCCCUUGACGAGGAGGACACGUCCACCGUUCAGUCCACCUGGACCAUCAGUGAACACAAAGGCUCCUGGCUCCCAGGAAGCUCCGCUGGUGGCUCCCGCAAAUUCAACAAAUCCUUCUGGAAGAAUCCCCAGUUCCAGCUGGUGCUUCGAGAGCAAGACCAGGACGAGGAGGAGGAGGAGGAGGGCGAAGACGAGGAGGAUGAUGAGGACGAAAUUGAUGAUGGGGAUGAGGUGAUGACUGCAGAGGAGAAGAAGAAAGCAGAGAAACAGAAGCAGAGGGCCAAGCACUGCACAGUUCUGGUGGAGCUGCUGCAGAAAAACCGGAGGCAGAAGGAUAAAACAAACUUCCUCUACAUCGGUUUUCACGUCUACAAGGUUCCUCCUGAGCUGAAAGGCGCCUGUCUGAGCCGCAACUUCUUCAUGACGAAUCGGCCUGUGGGUCGUUCUGGGUCGUACAAAGCUCAGAGAGGUGUGUGGAGGAAGCUGCGCCUGGACCCGGGGAACUACAUCAUCGUGGGAUCCACGUAUCGAGCCAAUCAGCCUGGAGAGUUCUUCAUCCGCAUUUUCUCCAAGAUCAGAAACACUCUGGGAGGUCAGGACUUCACCUGCUCUUCUUCUUACCUCCCGCUUUCGGCCCCUCCUGUGUCCCCGGAGGAUCGCACCAACGUUAAGAGCACUUUUGAUGAAAAAGCCGGCCCUGACGACAGGCUGGAUGCUAAUGAGAUCAUGAAGCUGUUCAACUCAGUUGUGGCUAAAGAUCUGCCCCUGGACACGUGCAGACAGAUUAUUUUUGGAGAAGAUACCGAGGGCCGCUCCAUGCUCAGCCGUGAGCAAGCAGAAACCCUGAUGUCGGAUCUGCGCAAUCUACAGUCCAUUUUCAUCAAGUUUGAUGAGGAUUCUUCUGGGACCAUGAACCCCUUUGAGCUCAGCCUGGCACUGGAGGCUGUUGGAAUGCGGUGUGACAACAAAGUAAUUCAGCUACUGUCUGAACGCUUCGCUGCUGGAGAGCUCCAACUGCCUUUCCACAGCUUUGUCUCAUGUGUCGUCAGGCUGCGCAAGCUUUUUGCUUUGUUUCAAGCAGAGACCAACCAGGAGGUGAAAGGCCGAGGGAUCAACGCUUGGCUGCUUCAGUUUCUGACGUUGUAAACAUGCUGCAAAUGAAACAAGACGAGUUGCAG